GCCCUGCCUUGUGGCUAGGGGAGGAGACAGGGGAGGAGACACAGGAAGAGGAAAAAGGAGAGUUUCAAAGCUGCGUUGGCUGCCACUGCAAUACGAAUGAGCGCGCGGGACCGGCUGGAGAAUGUCCUGGAGGAGCUGGAAGAGAUGGACUUCAAAAAGUUCAAGGUGAAGCUGAACCAGGCCCAGCCGCCUUCAGGCUGCAGCAACAUCCCACGGGGUCGGCUGGAGCGGGCAGACUAUCUAGACGUUUGCAGCCUGAUGAUCAGCUACUACCUGGAGACGGGGGCCAUACGGAUGGCCAAGCAGGUGCUGGAGGACAUCAACCAGAGGCACUUGGCUGCCAGGCUGGAGGGGGUAUAAGAG